GCUUUGAUAGAUCACAGUGGCCCAGAUGGCAAAGCCAUAGCUGUUAUGGAGGCUGCUGCGAUCAUGAUCUACCUGGUCGAGAAGCAGGGAUCCGAUUUCUACCCAAGGGAUGCGAGGCUUCGCUGCGAGUGCUUGCAGUGGCUGUUCUGGCAAACUGGUGGACAGGGGCCGAUGACUGGGAAUUUCGGUCACUUCAAAGUCUAUGCACCCCCCAAUGAGGCGGAUGCUCGCAACUAUGGUGUUGCCAGAUACGGCAUGGAGGUUCAGAGAAUUUGCUCUGUUCUGGAUCGGCACCUUGCAGGCUAUGGAGAUUUCACGGCAACCCGGGUCUGCGAUGCCAAGGCCCCCGGCAGUACCUCGUUGGUGACAGCUAUAGCAUCGCCGACAUGGCCCAGAGCCAAGGCCUGCUUUCCCUGGGCCUUCAUGUUGUGGGGCAAGGGUUACAAUCGCCCUGGACAGCCAGAUGCGAAGGAUCGACCGAGUAGCAGAGAGACCAGCGGUGCAGCGUGGCAUCCGAGUUUGUGCCGGUUCGCCGAAGCCAUGGGAGAAGGAGACCGCCCGCACAUCCUUUGUUGCCCGCAGUUGAGCUGCGAGACGCUGGGGGAUGUAGACGCCGCUGCACAUGCUGAAGAAAAGCAAGAGGAUGCAGCGGACGAGUGCAACGACAUAGACGACAAUGACGACAUCGACUUCGCAGCAUUGACCGAGGCCCAACACCAAGCUGCCACUUUGACAGGCGCAGCGGACGAUCGUCGUCUAAAGCCAAAAGACUUUUCGGGCCGUGAGAGCUCGGGAUCGGAAGAAGAGGAGAGCUGGGGCCAGGGAGUCCGCACCUCAAAGCCGCUGGUGGUCUCCUUCACGGUGGUUUGUGAGAACGAUCUCAUAUGCGUCAAGCAAGCUGGCAUUGCACUUCCCUCCCUGAAAGAUGUCUUGAAAGGGUCCAGCAAGCCAGCGAUUGUCAUCCCGUCACUGAAGGAGGCUCUGCGAACAGCCGGAGCCGCCCAGGCGACGGCUGAAGUCCCUGAGCCUGCAAAGGCACGUGAGAAGGACAUGCAGGAGCAGAGCGCGCCUGCCAGCGAACCUUCUGAGCUUCCUCCAACGACAGAUGGAGGCCGCCCCUGCGGCCCUGCAGGUGAGACAGAGAAGUCUCUGGCGCAGAGGAGUGCCGUUUCCUACGAGGAUGUCGAUGAGCCAGUUGCUGCUGAAGCCCCGGCUGCCAGCUCAGAUGUUGUGGACCAGAGCAGGCUCCAGGUCGCGAUCUCGCGGGUCGCCAAAGACUCGGAGCGGCGGGCCCGGACCCCAGCAGCAACAAACUCGCGUUCGGUGUUCAUCACCAACCUGCCAUUCAAGGCACAGGAGGAGGAGAUUCGCAGCUGGCUGGAAAAAGCCGGUGAGAUCAAGGGUCUCCGGCUCAACCGGGACAAGGUCACCACGAAAGCGCUGGGCUUUGGACACGUGCAGUUCGAGUCCUCACAGGUUGCAGACGCUGCUGUCGAACAGUGUGACAAAGUGGAGCUGCAUGGACGCGUGAUGCGAGUCGCGCCGGUGGAUCCCAACACAAAGUUUCAGUUUGAGCUCCCGGAGAACAUCAAGGAGGACCUUCUAGGCCUAAUGCGCGAGGCAUACGAAGGCAAGAACAUCAGCACCAUCAAGGAUGCCUGGCAAAAGCGACAUCCAGGACAAAAGCUGGACACCGCCAAGUGGGGUUUCAAGAACUUUUCGUCUUCCCUGAAGACCUUGGAAGGCGUCACGCUGGAGCACCACUUGGAAAAGACUCUGACGUACUUGGCUUUCUUUGACGGCUCUCCCGCGCACAAGGCCUACCUCGAGGAGAGAUCCAAGAGACAAGCGGAGGGCAAAGUGGCUGAAAAUCCUGGCGAGGCAAAGCGAGCAGCUGCUGAGGCUGAUGUGCUGAAGCCCGACAAAAAGCCGAAGGUUGAGAAUGGCUCCAGCCACCUGAAGGGCUUCGAGACGGGCAACGCCCAAGAAGUUCCGGAGCCCACCAGCUUUGGCGCCUCAGCUCUGGAGGCCUGGCUGGAUGCCACCUUGGAAACCCAGAGGCUCAGCUCGAAAGCUGCUUGUCCAGAGCGGCUCAAGGUUCACCGAGAGGCUCUGGCCUGGCUUUGUGACCUCCUCCCGACCUAUGGCACGGUCCUCUCCAGAGUGCUGGACGAGGUCGACGGAGCUUUGCACAGGCUGGAGACAUGGCAGGGGGAGCUUCAGAAGAUGCAUGGCCUGAACCGCACGCUCCAGAGUCAGUUGCGAUCCCUUCGGGUCCUGCACAAGCUGCAGGUCGAGGAAGCCUGGUCUGUGACCAAGAAGAGCAGCGAAGCUGAGACCCAGCCUGUAGCUGCACCAAUGGCUGACAGCCAGAAGCUGGACAAGGAUGCUCAAGCCGAAGUCACCAAGCGCAGACAUGCGGAACGCAAAUCGCUCAAGCUCCAAUCCGAGCUUCAGAGUGUCAGGCACCAGCUGCAGGAGUUGGAAAUCAAAGAGGCUGACAAAGUUGCAGCCAAAGAUGAAAUGCACAGGCUUAUCGAGCAGAGGGAGCAGAUCUCUCGCAAGAAUGAUGCGCGGUGGACCGAGACAGCCAAUGCUGGGACACCGCAAGCACAGUUGCCCUCCAGCUUUCCGAGGCUGCAGAAAGAGCGCUCGCAGCUGCAGUCGGACCUACGCAAGUGCAAGCCCCAAAGUUUGCUCUCCUUAAGGUCGCUGACUUUGCAGCGAAUGCCUAGGUCCCAGCAAGAGAAUGAUCAGCUGAAGCAGCAGCUGAACUCGCCGAGUGCUUGGUACAAGUACCCCGCCCUGCUGGUCGAGUGA